UUGCAUUGUGUUUUUGCGCCUUGCGACAUAAACAUCACAAGGUAAUCCAACGGAUAGAAUAGAAUCCAGAGAAGGCGGCAGAAAAGUGUUUGAAAAGUGUAAAUCGCCGCAGUAUUGUUAUUAAUUAUUUGCAAGUCAAAUAACGAAACGGAAUUCAGUGCUUGACGUUCUAACCAAUUUGUUGGCGCAAAAUGGCAUCCGGAGGCUUGACAUGUGUCAAAUACAUAACAUUUUUCUGCAAUCUUCUGUUUGCGCUGAGUGGUCUACUCAUCUUGAUGGUGGGCGCCAUGGUGCAACUGAACUAUGCGCAUUAUUCAAACUUUGUCAGUGAUCACAUUUGGACUGCGCCGAUUAUCUUGAUGAUUGUGGGCGCAGCCGUGGCGUUCAUCUGUUUUCUGGGCUGCUGUGGCGCACUGAAGGAGAAUAGUUGCAUGAUUCUCAGUUUUGCUAUAUUGGCUGUAGUUAUAUUUGCUUUGGAGAUCGGACUGGGAAUUGCUGGCUAUGUGAAGCAUUCGGGCUUGCAGCAGUUAAUGGAAACACAAUUUAAUACCACAAUGAAACAUUACAAAGAACGAGAUGACUAUCGCGAUGCCUGGAAUCUAUUGCAAACUGAGCUGGACUGCUGUGGCACUUAUGGUCCCAACGAUUGGGAUGGCAUCUUCCCCAACAAGACUCUCUCGCCAGCAUGCUGUAAGCUGAUCAAUUUAAGCGAGGCUAAGGAGUGCACAACAUUGCAUGCCAUCGAUCAGGGUUGUUUAAAUAAGCUGUUGGGCAUUCUGGAUUCAAAGACUUUGGUAUUGGCUGGUGUCGUUCUUGCUGUGGCGGGUAUACAGCUGCUCACUAUCCUCUUUGCCUGCUGCUUGUAUCGUUCGUUUCGCCGGAGCUACGAUCACGUUUAGGAUGCGUAGUGAGGAUCCCACAUACCGAUUUUAAAGGGAGCCUUUUUUGUAGUUUUUAGUUUGGUCAAAUGCAUGAGAUUUAAUUCGUUGCCGUCUCUACGAAGCUCGUUAAUAAGUAAGAAGGAAUACUCAAAACAAGAAGAAAACAAACUUGAAACAAUCAUCACAACAACAAGCAUUAAGUUACAUUUUGUCAAUCCUAACUGUUGUCCAAACAUUCCCACUUUUAAUUUGUUAUUACUAUUGAUAUUUUAAAACUUGUUAAUGUUAUUCCGAGCUUAGAUGUGCUGAGCAGCAUAUAAAGUAUUCACCCUAAGCUAUUACUACAUACUUACAUACUUAAAUACUCAAACAUUUCUCUUAAACAUUUGAAAUUUUGUACACUUGCUCAAAUUUAUUUCUGCAUCUAGUGUACAUUCAUUGUACUUUCAUUAAAAGUGAAUUGCAUAUUGUUAAUUGAAUUUUGAUUUGUCUAUCCCAUUUGCCAACACAUUCGCCCUUUUCGCCACACCACACAUUCCCAUAUGCAUAUCAAAUAUAAUUAUUAUAAUAAUAAUAAUGUACACAUAUGAUAAUAUUAUGCCACGCUUUACAUCGCUUUAAAAAGUGGCCUUGCAAACAAAUGUAUGUGGUACUAAAAAUGCAUUUAGAAUGUUUACAGUCGAUAUAACUGAUUCAGUGUGUGUGUGUGUGCGUGUAUGCGGUUUAGCCCCUCAAAAGAAACCCACCAUAUCCCAUCUACAAAUACUUGUUUUAGAUAUCCCUUUAUGGAUUAGAAGCAUUCGAUUGGUAAUAUGUUAUAUAUCAGAAAACUGCAUUUUACACAAAUACUCGUACAUAAUUUAGUAACACACAUACAAAUAUUAUAUAUAUAUAAGCAUAUUUAUACAAUGAAAAUUUAUGUGACUGUAGAAUUUAUUGUGUAAAUCAAUUUGGAUGAAUUUUACAUUACUUGGCAACUCGAAUUUACAGUUUUCUAACAAAUCGAAAUACUACAAUUAAAUUAACUUCAAAUUGAAAAUUGGAAAUUAAUUUAGGACCAUGCAUAUUGCAUAUUUCGGCUCUAAUAAAUGCGACCACAGAUCAACAUUUAAUUAUUCGAUGUUAGAUUUAAUAAUUGCAACACGCAAAUACGUAAUAAGUAAGCACUUAAAUGUCUAAAAUGCAAGACUCAGCACGAUUAAUUGUAUCAUAUACGAAUAAAUCGUAUAUUUUAAUUAGAUUGUACUUUUUUAAGAUCUGAGUUGAAGCGAUUGUGCAGCACUGAAAAAAACUUA